UUGAGAGACCAAAAACAUGGAUCUCAAUGCAUACGAUGUAAAACUUUGGAUGUGGAAAAUGAUGAAAACAUCAACAAACACAUGGUUUAAUGUCGUCAAAAGACAUCCAUAUGUUACAUCAUGUUUGUUUUUCUUGUUCCUCAUUUACUUGUGUCGCCCUCUCUUCUUUCGGAUCUUAAUCUACUCGCUCCCGCCUGCCGUCUCCACGUGGGUGGUUCUCCACAUUCGGGAUGGGCGGAGAUGCAAGGAGGACCGAGAGAAAGAGAGCGAGCAAAAGGAGAGAGAGGGCGGCGUGAAAAUGGUCCAAUUUGUAGAGGAGGGAAAGGGAGAGGGAGAGGGAGAGGGAGAGGGAAAUGGGAAGGAGAGGAUCAAGAAGGCCUUCUCGCGCGUGCACUCUGUGAGACGGAGAAAGGCCAAGGAGAUCGAGCAAGGAGUAGACCCCUACGUUCCGGUCAAGAGGAAUGUAGUAGGUGAUGUGGACGCAUACGAGGAGUAUGCCGACGAUGAGGAAUUUAAUCUAACCCACCCCGACAAGGAUUUGGUGGAUAAAACGGCUCUCGUACAAGAGAGCCCCAAAGAGAUACACCAAGUCCAAGCGGACACUGCCACUGCCACUGACAUUUUGAUUAGCAAUACAAUCUACCACGACCCCGAGGUCUUGAGGUCCCUGAGGCUCCUUAAAGACGAGGAGGAUGCGCGAGAAGAGGCCGGUAAGGCCAUGGACAUGAACAUAGCCGAGGCCGAGCGGCUCGAGAGCUUGAUCGCGAGACGGCGGUCAAAGAAGGUGGUAAGCCAGCAUGUCAAGAAGUCCUUGAUGAACAAUGUUGCAACAAAGGGGGCUCAGAUGCCUCCCAUUGCUAUACCAAAAAUUAGCUCACGGUGUAGCCCUACCCGAUCCAUCCACCCGUUCUCGCCCGGCCCUGGCUCCGCCCCGUCAAUGCUGGGACCGACAAGGAAUCCGUUCGACCUCCCGUAUGAUCCACUCGAGGAGAAACCUGACCUAACAGAGGACGGUUUCCAACAAGAGUUUGCAUUAGGACACAACAGAGAUUUUAUGUUUUGUAGGCAUGAGAGCUUCAGUUUAGGCACUUCUCUGCCCAUGGACUUCUUUGAGGAACGCGAUGACCCGUCGUUGAUUGAUGAUUUUGGGUUCCGACGACGACAAUCGUAUGUUGGAUAUCAAUACCCCAAGCCACAAACUGAAGAAUCAGAAGCGGAUUUGGGUACUACAACUGAGGCAGAAUCCGGACACGAGUCUGACUCGGGUCCGGAUUCUAAGUCGAAUCUAGAAAGGCUGGAGAAUGAUCAACCCUACGAUGAUCAGAUCAAGGAAGUCAUCCAAGUGCACGAGAAUCCUAGGCCAGAAGAUUGUGACGACGAGCCAAACACGAGGUCAAAUGGGCUAGACGAGCUAAGCUUGAGCGGGGCCUCGACCGGGUCCUCCAACGAAGAUGUGACGCCUGUCUGCAGAAUAAACCGAGAAGCGAUACUGAAAUCACUCUCGAUACGAAGAAACUCCGUCUCGGUCCCAAAUAUGGAAAACGAGCAUCUACAAGAAAACAAUCUGAGCUACGCCAACUCUGCCCUAGAGAAUGCGAGCAGAUUGAAGCAGCAAUAUUUCGCUGAUAAGUUGCAAAGGCGCCACGGCAUGACCUUCUCGAUUGCCUCCGACAUGCAGGUCGAGGUCUCCGAGCUCAGCUCCCCUCCGCUCACAAUAGGUGAGAACAUGUCCUGCCAAGAGGACAAUUCCUCCUGGGACGGCGUGGACUCGUGGGCGGGCUCGUCCCGUCUGUCCGAGGCCGAGGACAAUGAAACGAGGCCGCCCCGAGCAAAUGAGGCGGCGUCAACUAGAAGCAGGAGAGCAGAUGAUGAGAAACCACCUGGCAUCCCAUCAUCUGCUUCUGCUUCUGGGUUGCAGGCGACAAGUAUGCACAGUAGCACCACUGUGCAGACUUCCUCGCUAGAAUCCAGUUCUGACGAAGAUCCUAGCAAGGAGCAGUCGCCUGCUUCUGCUGCAGCAACCGAAAUGGUUGCCAGCAAUGAACCUGCUGAGGCGGGCUCUGAGACCCCGGCCGCCACGGGCUCCAACGAUCAGCCCACCAUAUCACCGAAAUCCGUGCUGCAGUCGGUACCGUCCGCAGUGAGUUUCGAACACGAGGAUCGUGAUGAGGUCCAGCCAUCUGGAUCUCGCCCGGCUGACCAUUCGAGCUCAAACGUAUCCCCGGACUCGUGGGUGCAGUUUAGCGUUGGCACGAGCUCGAAUCGAGCCGCGGAAUCACCGCAGCAAAACGACCAUAAAUUAAAGCAAGUGGUCUACAGCGGCGCCUCAGACAGUGAACACGCGUGGCUCGAAAGCGACUCAUCGACAUCGCUGUCAUCCGAAGUAGAAUCCAGCGACAUGGAUUGCAUGAACGUGGAAUCCAAGAUUCAAGAAAUCCUUGCGUUUGAGGCUGCAAAUUCAAGCAAUUGGGCAAACAAGGGGAAGAUGGUUAUUGAAGACUCAUCACAUGAGCAAGACGACACCUCUAUAAGCAGUGGGGACUAUGAUUCAGAACUCGACGAACGCGUGUAUUUGCCCGAAGGAGGUGGAUUCAAGUAGCAAAUAAAUCAUUCGAUCUCUGCUUCAGUCUAAGUUAGAAAUGAUAGAAGAUUUCGAGUGUCGAAGAUGAAGAUGGUUGUUUAUAAUGUAACAUAUCUUGAAGAGGUUAGGAAAAAAAGGUGGUGAACCCAAAUUUUAGCUUAGAAAUAGAAAAUCUAUGCAUAAGAGAUAUAUAUAUAUGCAUAUAUAUACAUUGUGAAGAUCAUUAGUGUGUGUUGUAUAAACUUAUUACAAUUUGAUAGC